AUGACGUCGGAGUGUGGUAGACGCGUUCAGAUCCAAGCUGAGGACUACAGCGGUAGUAUUUCGCCACACUAUGGCAAUACUCGCCCUUCUGUCGGCUAUUUCAACAGCAACCUCAUGAUACAAAAUUUUGUAGUGGCGGACAUUACAAACGGCAGAAAUAAUGUUUACUUUAAUGACAAACGUGCUCAAGGGAAGGACGCUAAUGCAUUGUUCAGUUUACGACUUCUGAAUCAUCUAUCCACUUUGAAAAACAAUAUUCACGAUGGAAUUCCGCCUCCGGACAUCAGCUUCAGUAUAUUGGACAGCUGCGUCGGACAGAAUAAACCCAAAGCCUGCUCUGCUUUUUAUUUCCUGGACAUUCGCACAACAUUGCCGAUCGAGUUGUUGCAUGGUGCCGAACAGCAACCCAAGGACGGAAUAUUUACACCCCAAUGGAUCAUGUGGAUAAAGAAAUAA